AUGGUAGCUGCUGAUAUAAAUAUUCAAGUAAUAGAAAUAGCAAACAUUAUUGUUGAUACUACAAUAAGAAAAAGACUAAAUAAUUAUGAUUCAUUGCAUGAAACUAAUAGUGAUGACGAAACUAAAGCUCUGAACAGUUCAGUUCAGUCUGGAUUAAAUGCCAAUCUGAAUCUAAACUAA